AAUGUUAUUCCCACACACGAUUAGGAAGUACAGUACAAAAUUGGCUACAAUUCCAUAUGUUUAAAACAAAAACUGCCUCAAAGGUUUCCGCUUUGCACGACGCCUUCAACCGGAGACGACGUCCCAUAUUUCCGGCUAUAUCUAUACAGAUUAUCAGUGUAAUGGCCAGUGUUUGUCGAAGAAAAAUCACAUCGGGCGCAACAGAGGACUUCAUAAGUCAACUACCAGCAGAGGUGAAGGAAUCAAUUCUCGAAUUGCUGAGCAUGCGUGAAGCUGCCAGAAUGGCUCUUCUUUCAACUCACUGGAAGGAUGUAUGGUUUGCUCACGGCCAGCUGGACUUUGAUUUCAACUUUUUCUCACAUUUUCUACAAUUUGACGAUGACGAUGAACCUAAAGUGGAUUGCGUUGAAAUUAUGAACCGGUGUGUCAUGCUCCGGACGGGACCGGUUAAGAAAUUUACACUGGCGCAUUCAGAGUUUGAGGAGUAUUACAUAUCUGGAAGAAUUCAGAUGCCACUACCACCUGAUAUAGAUCGCUGGUGUCUUUUUCUGUCGAGAAAAGGCAUUGAGAAACUUCACCUCUCUAUUCAUAAUUUUAACGAAACAUAUGAUCUUCAAGAGUGUAUAGUCACUUGCCCUACAAUUCAGCAAGCCCUUAUUGGUGGAUUCAGUUUUCGCUUCCCUGUUAAUUCACAUUGUGUGUUCCCUGCCGUCACUUCAUUGGUUUUUGAGUAUGUAGUCUUCGAGCCUGAUCCCACGGGAACUGUCUAUAGUCUUCCAAAUCUUGAGAAGCUCUCUUUUGAUAAGUGUCCUGGAAUUGAUAAUUUUGUGAUUUGUGCACCAAAACUAAAGAGCUUGACUAUUGAUCGUAAUUUUAGAAGUCUGACUGAUUCAAGAUGGUUUGUGCUCCAUUUUGCUGUAAUCAAUACUCUUUACAUGCAUGCAGAUUUGUUGUCGGAUACACCUGAUGCUGUAGCUGUAAGGACUUUCCCAAUUGCAACAAAUCUGCAAGUGGUUGUGAUUCAUAGUGUCAAUUUUGUUCGUGCGAAGCACUUCACCUUUAUUACCGAAUUGAUUCAAAAAUGUCCAAAGCUACAUGAACUUGGAAUUAAGACAUGGCAUUAUUAUGGACAAAGAGAUGAUGAAGAAGAUGCUUCCAGGAUUGUGGAGUAUCCCUACAGCUCUGUUCUUAGAAAUGGACUGAAAAUGCUUAAGACAGUGAAGAUGCAAUUUUUUCAUGGAUACAGACUGGAAGUUCUAUUUGUUAAAACAACCCUUUUAAACUCUCCUGCCCUUGAGGAACUUGUUAUUACGAAAGCAUCCCACUUCAAGGCUUUGGAAACCCUAGAUGAAGUUAUGAGCUUCUCUCGUACAUCCCCAAAAGCCCAAGUUGUCUUCAUGGAGGAAAAGUAUGAAUGAGUCCACAAGACAGCCUGCUACAUAGGUUCUUCCAUGCAUGUGUUGCAUAUUCUCCAAUGCUUCUCUUGUUCUGCUAGAAUUUAAGAAUGUAUUUUAGUGGUUUGUAUCAACUUUACUAAGUGCAUUACCUUUUAGAGUUCUAUUUGCCAUUUGAUGUCUAAAGCUCACUCCAGUUUGCUCUUAAAACGUGUAAUUCUUUGAUCAAGUAAUAAAUUAUUAUUUGAUCUUUGGAUUUUACAAGUUUUUCACAUAUAAG